UCUUACUAUCAUGAGAGUAAGAAAAUUCGAUCGAAUUGAUUUUGAUUCGUUGUUCCUCUCUUCUCCUGAAUCAUAUGCAGUGCAGAUUUUGGUGUGAAUUGGCGAAUCCCCAAAAUGGGUGACAGCAGAAAGAAGCACCGUCGUGUGCAAGACUCGCCGUCUUCCUCAUCCUCUUCGUGCUCGGACUCCGACGACUCUUCGCGGCGGCGGCGGCGGCGGAGGCGGCGCGAGAAGGAGCGGCUCAGAAAGAGCGAGGAAAAGGAGGAGCGAAGGAGGAAGAAGAGAGACAGAGAGAGGAAAAAGAAGAAAAAGAGGCUCCACGAUUCCGAUGACUCCUGCUCUUCGGAGGAGGAAGACGAACAACCUAGUGUUCAGCCUGAAACUGUCAUAACUGAAAUGAUGAAAGAGUUUCCAAAUGUCGGCAACGAUUUGAAGCAGCUCUUGCAAAUGAUUGAUGAUGGGCAAGCUGUUGACAUAAAGGGUAUAUCAGAAAAGUCUUUAGCGAAGCAUUUGAAAAAGCUGUUCCUUUCGUUAAACCUUAUGGAGAAUGGAGAUAGGGUUUUCUUACUGCAUUCUAAAGCUCGCCCUACUUUGGAUGUUGUUUUCCCUCUCAUUCAAUCCUAUAUGAAUAUGAAUCCCAUGAAUGAGCAAGCUGAUACUUCCGCACCAGUGCCUGAAUCAAGUUCAGUUCCAAUAGAUACUGGAAAUAAACAGAUGGUGGAUGACCAUGCAACAGCAGCUCCAGAGGAUCAUUCUGUUGGUCCUAGAAGAAGGAUGAUUGGCCCUGCAAUGCCAUCAGUUGAAUUACUUGCUGCUGCUGCAAAAUUAACAGAGGCACAGACUGAGCUCAGAGAUGCCGAAUUGGACGAUGAUACUGAACUAUUUGUAGGACCUCCACCACCAGCUCUAGUUUCUGAAGCAGAAUCAGCUAAUGAAGCAGAGCGUUUUGAAGAGGUAACCAGGAUCAUGGAAGUUGAGGCAGACAGCCCAUAUGAUGUUCUAGGAGUUAACCAUAAUAUGUCCAGUGACAAUAUAAAGAAAAAGUACUGGAAGAUGUCACUAUUGGUUCAUCCAGAUAAAUGCUCUCAUCCACAAGCUCACCAGGCUUUUAUUAAGUUAAAUAAAGCUUUCAAAGAGUUACAAGAUCCAGAAAAGAGGAAAGCAAUGGAUGAGAAAAUCAAAUUCAAGCAAGAACAAGAGCAAUUUCAGGCUGAACUUAAAACCAUGCGUGAGGCUGCACUGUGGAGAAGAUCUCAAGGUAUUUCCAUGGAGGGUGAUGAAGAGCUUCUGGCACAGACAGAGGUUAAAGUGGAACCAAAAAGGGAUGAGUGGAUGACAACACUACCUCCAGAAAGGAAACCAGGUGGUAUGACUAUGCACUCGACCAAGUUUAGCCGGGGUCCAAAGGAAGGUAGAGGUGAUACUAGUGUUUGGACAGACACCCCUUCGGACAGGGCCCAAAAAGCUAAGAUGAAUUAUUUGGAAGCAUACAAUGAAGCUACUGCACUAGCUUCAAAUGAAGAGGAUAAGAAAAGGGAUAGUGCGGAUGCAGAAUUGGUGGACAAAUACAAUAAAGCAAAACGGUCAAAAACAUUGGUGCAGAAGUAUCAAGAAGAGGCUGCUAGCAAAUCCAAGAAAAAGUCCAAGGAAGUGAAGCAACAGCCAGAGAAGGAAGACUGGGUGGGUCAACAUCCAUGGAAGCCAUGGGACCGUGAAAAGGAUCUGACAGCUGGAAGGAAAACUGUUAAUUUUGAUUCAGAAAGCAUGACUAAGAACUUAUCUUCAAGGUUUUCUUCUGGAAACUUUCAGAGGAACUUCCUUUGAUUUGAUUUAGUUCGUGUUUCAUAUGCUAAGAGCCCUUUUGCCUGGACAACAUCUGUUCGAUGAGCUUCUUUGGGAAAUUGAAUUUUUCUUUUUCCUGAUGUAGCCAGUAGGUGCUGAAUACAAACAUGUGCUUCAAAUGCUACGAAGAAUUAUAAUUAUGCAAUUGCAUGACUGACAAAUAUUUUCUGAAGAAGUUUGUACAAUAAAUGGCCUAAUUCUUAUUUCCAUAACGUAUAAAGAUGUAUAUCUAAUUAUCUACCACCAAACAUGUUUAUCUGAAGUAUUUAUGUUUGUUGUACAUGUGGUUAUAACUUGUGAGAAAUAGUGGACAUAGUGGUUCAUACGGUACGGCAUCUGAGAAUUGCUUUUAUAUAUAUAUAUAUAGCACUGUCAUCUUCUUGAAAAGGUUCAA